CCAAAAACCACUCACUACUCAUCUUCCACUUGUUCCAUUCCCUCUUAUCAAACAUACUUGUAAUAUCAUCAUCACAAUAUGAACGGUGCCGCCGUCCUUGCAGAGGAAGAAACUCACGCCGCCGCCCGUUGUUCCACUCCCAACCGCUUAGACUGCCGUAUACCGGCGGCGUUGGCACCCCCACCGCCCCCAAAGAAAAAGCCUUUUUCUUUUGGGAAGAAAAGACAGCCACCUAAAAGUGGUUACUUCCACCCACCUGAUCUCGACCAGCUCUUCUCUCUUGUGCUGCCAACUACAACUGCUUUUAACUGACACUCUUCUCUAGUUCUCUUCCAAACCCAACUGUUUUUUUGGGGUUGUGUUUUGUAUUGUGGAAAAGCUAAUGUUGUUAUAUGUGACUGGUGUAAAUAUAUAAUAUUUUUCCUUCUAGACUCUGUUGUCUGUUACUAUGGUUGGGUUUGUACAGAACAUGCACCACGCAGCCCCCUGAGUAGCUUGUUUAACUUCCCUAGUGAUGGGAUUUGUAUUUAUACAUAGCUGAAAUUUUCCUUAUUUUGUACAACCUUAAACGGCUCUUUCUCCGUCAUUCUCUUGUAUGUUGCCAACAUAAUUCAUGCAAGUUAGAAAAUAAAUAAAUUUUGUAUUUUAAUCAAA